AUGGCGAAAGCGAAGGGUCUCACUAUAGCUCUCACUUACGAUCUCAAGUCCGACUAUGACCCCAACAACCCAGAUGUACCUGCCGAAACCGUCGCCGAGUUCGCCGAAGGUGAGACCAUCAUCGCGAUCGCAGACGCUCUCAAAUCUUUGGGACAUCUGCCCGUUUUGGUUGGCAACAUAUUCCACUUGACCACUGCUCUCGCAGCAGGAAGGCACCACCAGUGGGAUUUGGCAUUCAAUAUUGCGGAAGGUUUGCGAGGCUCAGCGAGGGUCGCACAGAUCCCAGGUUUACUUGAAGCAUAUGGCGUUCCGUGUGCAUUAUCUGACGCAAGGACGAUGUGCCUGAUGCACGACAAAGCUUUGACUCAAGUGGUGUUGAAGGACGCUGGAGUGCUUACGGCGCCUUCGAUGCUGAUCAAGACUGAGGAUACUUUCGACGGCCUUGAACAUUCGCAAUGGAUGUCGACGCUGGGCCUGAAAGACCAUGGCGGCAAGGGUGAAUCAUUUGACCUCUUCGUAAAGCUUAAUGCAGAAGGCACGUCGAAAGGGCUAUGCGAGACAUCCAGAGCCAGGAAUGCAGAAGCCGCCAACCGAGCAGUGCAGAGUCUACGAGCCCAAUUUCCACUUAAAUAUGUCUUGGUGGAGCAAUUCCUGGACGGUCGAGAGUUGUCCGUGUCGCUUGCGGGCACGGGGGCGAAGACGGAGAUACUCGGUGUCACGGAGAUGAUAUGGCCCCAUGCAGGUGCGGUUCCAUUUUGCACCUGGGUCUCUAAGAUCGAGGGAGAAGAAGGUAAAGACUGGAUCGAGCGGGCCGUCAAUGGCCGCGAGGACAGUGAGGUCCUCAAGGUUGAGAGGCUCGCCUUCCGGGCAUGGGUGGCCAUGGGAUGUCGCGACGGCGGCCGGAUUGACAUUCGAUCAAAAGGCUGGGAUUGCGAUGCAGAGCCUUGUGUCUUGGAGAUCAACGCAAUCGCUGGCCUUUGCCCUGGCUGGUCGGACCUGCCUCUUGCUGCCGAAAGGAACGGGAUUGGCUAUGCACAGAUGAUCGAAAAGUUUGUUGAAAGUGCCAGGCAGCGAGUGACGGUGUCAUGGACGAGCAUAUCUCCUCUGACAAGCCCGGGAGCCUCGGUGCUGAGCGGAGUGACAAAGCUUCCUGGAGAGUGA